GUUGCGUUUGAGAUGAUGUUAGAGAAAUCUAAGUCCAGGAAGGAAAAUGAUCGCAAAGAUCGUGAUCGCAGUAAGAAAGAGAAUGGUCGGCGAGAUACGACGGAGAUGCGCUCGAGAGUUAAGAGAUGCGAUUCUGAGGAAGAGGAGAGGAUACGGAUACGGAGGGAUAGAAAAAGUAGCGAUUUUGAAGAAGAAGAAUACGAGAGGGAUAGUAAACGCAGAGGGGAGGACAAGGGAAGAGGACGCCGAGAACGUGACAGAGAUAGAGGAAAAUAUCUGAAAAGGGACAGAGAGAGGAGAGAACGUGAGAAAGAAAAGGGUAGGAAGAAACAGAAAAAGGAGAGGUCACGUGAGGAUUGUAAUGAAGAGAGUGAUGAUGUCAAGUGUGGCUUGAAACGCAAAAGAACGGAGCGUAGCAGGCAUGGAGAUGACGAUGUUGAGAAGAAAACUCGGGAUGAACAAGUAGAGGAUGAGCAGAAGCAGUUGGCUGAGGAAGUAGAAAAACGGAGGAGAAGAGUCCAGGAGUGGCAAGAGUUGAAGAGGCAAAACGAGGAAGCUCAAAUUGAAAGUAAGGGUCCUGAGACCGGUAAGGCUUGGACUCUUGAUGGUGAAUCUGAUGAUGAAGUUAAAUCAGACUCAGAGAUGGAUGUUGAUCGUGAUACUAAACUCGAAAAUGGUGGAGAUGCCAAGAUGGUCGCCUCGGAGAAUGAGACAGCUGUUACUGUCUCUGAGAAUGGAGGUGACAGAGCUGCAGAUGAAGACGAAAUUGAUCCCUUAGAUGCUUUUAUGAAUACUAUGGUAUUACCUGAGGUUGAAAAGCUUAGCAAUAUUGUGAUCGAUGGUAUUUUGGAUUUUAAAAUGAAUGGGAAGGAAACUGGUGACCAAGCCAAAAAAGGUUUUAAUAAGGCCGCCCUUGGUAGGAUAAUUCAAGGUGAAGAUUCUGAUUCAGAUUACUCAGAACCAAAGAGUGAUGAUGAUCCAAGUUUAGACGAAGACGACGAGGAGUUUAUGAAGAGAGUUAAGAAGACAAAAGCAGAGAAAUUGUCUCUUGUUGACCACUCCAAAAUAGAGUAUGAACCUUUCCGGAAGAAUUUUUAUAUCGAAGUCAAGGAUAUCUCAAGGAUGACACAGGAUGCAGUGAACGCUUAUAGAAAGGAAUUGGAGCUGAAAGUUCAUGGGAAAGAUGUUCCAAGACCCAUUCAAUUUUGGCACCAGACUGGAUUAACUAGCAAAAUUUUGGAUACUCUGAAGAAGCUUAACUAUGAAAAGCCAAUGCCUAUCCAAGCACAAGCACUUCCAAUCAUCAUGAGCGGUAGAGACUGCAUUGGGGUUGCCAAAACCGGGUCAGGUAAAACCCUUGGCUUUGUUUUGCCUAUGUUGAGGCAUAUCAAAGAUCAGCCUCCCGUUGAAGCUGGUGAUGGGCCGAUUGGGCUUGUAAUGGCACCUACUAGAGAACUUGUUCAGCAGAUUUACAGCGAUAUCAGAAAGUUUUCUAAGGCAUUGGGUAUAAUAUGUGUGCCUGUGUAUGGAGGAUCUGGAGUUGCCCAGCAAAUCAGUGAGCUUAAGCGAGGUACCGAGAUUGUUGUUUGUACUCCUGGAAGAAUGAUCGAUAUUCUUUGCACAAGCAGUGGAAAAAUUACCAAUCUACGAAGGGUCACAUAUUUGGUAAUGGAUGAAGCUGAUCGUAUGUUUGAUAUGGGUUUUGAGCCUCAAAUAACUCGCAUUGUUCAAAAUAUUCGACCUGAUCGUCAAACUGUGCUCUUUUCUGCCACUUUUCCACGCCAAGUUGAAACUUUGGCACGUAAAGUCUUGAACAAGCCUGUGGAGAUACAGGUCGGUGGGAGGAGUGUUGUGAAUAAAGAUAUAACUCAGUUAGUUGAAAUCAGACCCGAGAGUGAGAGGUUCUCAAGACUUCUGGAACUUCUUGGGGAAUGGUAUGAGAAAGGAAAAGUUUUGGUCUUUGUUCGUUCGCAGGAAAAAUCUAUAUCUGAUUUUAAGAGCGAUGUCUGCAAUUUGUUGAUCGCCACAAGUGUUGCAGCCAGGGGUCUAGAUGUGAAAGAGCUCGAGUUGGUUGUAAACUUCGAUGCACCAAACCACUAUGAAGACUAUGUGCAUCGUGUUGGUAGGACAGGUAGGGCAGGGCGGAAAGGCUGUGCUGUAACAUUUAUCUCUGAGGAUGAUGCAAAAUAUGCACCAGAUUUAGUCAAGGCCCUGGAACUAUCUGAGCAGCCAGUUCCUGAUGAUGUUAAAGCAGUAGCCGAAGGGUUCAUGGCGAAAGUAAAACAGGGUAUUGAGCAAGCUCAUGGAACUGGCUAUGGUGGAAGUGGCUUUAAAUUCAACGAAGAGGAGGAUGAAGUUAGGAAAGCAGCAAAGAAAGCACAAGCGAAGGAGUAUGGCUUUGAAGAAGAGAAGUCUGACUCAGAAGAUGAGAAUGAUGUAGUAAGAAAGGCUGGUGGUGAUAUCUCACAGCAGCAGAUUACUCUUGCUCAGAUAGCCGCCAUUGCUUCUGCUGCUUCUAAGGCUCCUGUGACUGCUAACCAAUUGCUUCCAAAUGGUGGUGGGCUAGCCACUGAGCCAGGUAUCCCUCCUACUGAUGGAGCAGGCCGCGUUGCAGCCAUGAUUGCUGCUGCUAACGUGCAACAGUACCUUGCAAAGAUUCAAGCUGAUGCGAUACCUGAACACUAUGAAGCAGAAUUGGAAAUCAAUGAUUUCCCACAGAAUGCUCGGUGGAAAGUUACCCACAAAGAAACGCUGGGACCAAUAUCAGAGUGGAGUGGAGCUUCCAUUACCACUAGAGGUAAGUUUUAUGAGGCAGGACGUAUCCCGGGACCUGAGGAACGCAAGCUCUAUUUGUUCGUCGAAGGGCCUACCGAAAUAUCUGUUAAGACAGCGAAAGCUGAACUCAAGCGUGUUCUUGAAGACAUAACUAACCAAACCUUCUCCCUUCCUGGAGGAGCACAAUCAGGCAGAUACUCUGUUUUAUAA